UUGGCAGCGCGAUGGCAGGUGUCCAGAUCGGCCCACAGCUCCUCGGAGGGGGACAAACCUCCGCCCUCCAUCCUCAAACACCUCACCUCCAAAAUAAAAGCCACCGGCCCCAUUUCUGUGGCCGAGUACAUGAGGGAGGUCCUCACCAACCCGGUGACGGGUUAUUAUGUGAAGAACGACAUGCUGGGGCCUGAUGGAGAUUUCAUCACAUCACCAGAGAUCAGCCAGGUGUUCGGGGAGUUGCUGGGCGUUUGGGUGCUCAGCGAGUGGAUGGCGGCCGGUCGGCCCAAAAAGCUUCAGCUGGUGGAGCUCGGACCGGGGAAAGGCUCUCUGGCCGGAGACAUCCUCAGGGUGUUCGAUCAGCUGCGCUCGGUGUGGAAAGAGGCCUCGGUGUCCCUGCACCUGGUGGAGGUGAGCCCCACCCUGAGCCAGCUCCAGGCCCAGCACCUGACGGGGGGGGGCAGCCAGGGGGCGGAGCCUAAAGACGGCCCCGCCUACCGCCGCGGCCACACCCCCGCCGGGCUGCCGGUGGUCUGGACCCGCCGCCUGGAGGACGUCCCGGAAGAAUUCAGCAUCUUUGUGGCUCACGAGUUCUUCGACGCUCUGCCCAUCCACAAGUUCCAGAAGACGGACAAAGGCUGGAGGGAGGUGAUGGUGGACAUCGACCCCGAGCAGCCGGGACAGCUGCGCUUCGUCCUGCUGCCCAACGCCACGCUGGCCUCCGCCUCCCUGGUGCAGCCUGAUGAGCGGCGGGAGCAGGUGGAGGUGUGUGCGGAGGGCGGGGCCAUCGUGCAGCAGUUGGCCCGCCGUAUCUCCCGGGACGGAGGCGCCGCGCUCAUCGCCGACUACGGCCACGACGGGACCAAGACCGACACCUUCAGGGGCUUUAAGGCCCACCGGCUGCACCCCCCCCUGCUGGCCCCCGGUUCGGCCGACCUGACGGCGGACGUGGACUUCAGCUUCCUGCGCCGCAUGGCGGGGGGGGGGGGGGGGGUGGCCUGUCUGGGGCCCCUCCCCCAGAGAAGGUUCCUGCAGAACAUGGGCAUCGACGCCCGCAUGCAGGUAACAGGAGAACUGGACCCCCAGGAGAACCGGGUCGGGGGGGGGGGCAGGAGACCUGGGUCAGGGACCCCCAGGAGACCCGGGUCACAGGAGAACUGGACCCCCAGGAGAACUGGACCAGGAGACUGGAUCCAGACCCCCAUGAGACCCGGGCCAGGGCUGAACUGGACCAGGACCGGACCCAGACCCCCAGGAGACCCAGGAGAACUGGACCUCUGGAUCCAGACCUCCUUUAACCUGGGCCAGAGGAGAACUGGACCUCUGGAGAACCGAAACCCCGGAUCCAGACCCCCUUUAACCCGGGCCAGACGAGAACUGGACCUGCGGAUCCAGACCUCCUUUAACCCGGGCCAGAGGAGAACUGGACCUCUGGAGAACUGGACCUCUGGAUCCAGACCCCCUUCAACCUGGGCCACAGGGGAACUGGACCUCUGGAGAACUGGACUUCCGGAUCCGGACCCCCUUUAA